UUCCUUGACCCUGCCGUGCUUGGAAGUAGCCGGAAAGCCCCAGAAAACCAAUGCAUAAGAAAACAAAACGCGAAUCGAUUCGAAGCCAAAAGGUGAGAAAGUUCUCUCAUAUCUCCCUCUCUACGCAAUAAUCCACUCUCAUGCUUUGAUCUCUCUCAUUUCUUCAAUACUGAAUAAAAUCGGUUAUUUUAUUUGGAUCACUAAAGAAACCCAUUUCUCAGAAAGCUGUUCUCUGCACUCUCAUGUGAUAAGGUCCGUGGAUUUGACAUCUGAUUGACGAUUUUUGAUCUGGGUAGUUUUAAAUUCACGGUUUAAGAAUUGGGUUUCCCUCUGCUUGUGAAGUUUUGGAGGUUUUAAGAAAGCACUUCGAUUUUUCAGGCUAGGAGUGAUCUGUAAUCUUGUUUGCUAGUGCAAAAGUGCUCUUUUUUCAUGGGAUUUUCUUUUCUGUUGAAAUAGUAGUACUGAGUUUUGCGGAAUCAAAUUGAAGUGUUGUGAAGCGUUAUUUUGUUAGGGCGUUAUAAAUGGGGAGGCCUUUGAUUUAUGAGAUCUUGGAAAAGCCAGCCACAAGUUGCAUUAUAGGAUUAUGCAGUGCAAUUUGGUUUUACAUUCAGAAGAAAAACAUUGGAUAUUCCCAUGUGGGGUUGAGUUAUGAAACCGCCCUUGAAGGGCACCAUUGGAGGAUUAUAACUUCGGCCUUUUCCCAUAUAAGCAUUCUUCAUCUUGUAUUCAAUAUGAGUGCUCUUUGGAGCCUUGGUGUGGUAGAAAAGUUGGGGCCUUUAGGACUUGGAGUGGAAUAUUAUCUGCAUUACACACUUGUCCUGGUUGUGCUAUCUGGUGUGCUUGUUCUGGGGAUGUACCAUCUUCUGAUUCAAAGGUUCAAGAUCGAGUAUUUCAGGAGAGUUACAGCUGUUGGAUAUUCUUGUGUUGUUUUUGGGUGGAUGACUAUUCUUUCUGUAAAGCAACCAUCGUCGAAAUUGGACCUUUUUGGGUUUCUUUCUCUUCCAAUCAGUUUUGCGCCAUUCGAAUCGCUUAUUUUUACUUCAAUUAUAGUUCCGCAAGCCAGUUUUCUAGGCCACUUGUCGGGAAUCGUCGUCGGGUAUGCUGUUGCUUGGGGUUUGAUUCAUGGGAUGAACAAUUACUGGGCAGUUUCCAUGCUGGGCUGGAUUGUACUCGUGUUCAUAUUCAGUUUGAAGCGCUCUGGUGCAUAUGACUUUAACUUUCUCGAGAUCGAAUCCGUUACAGAUCCUUCUUUGCCGGCUGUUCGGUUUCUCGCAUCUGGAAACGGAAGAACAUUGCAGAUGAGUUCAUUACCAGUGGCUGGUGCUGAGAUUGUCUAGUUGCGUCUUCUCCGACCUUUGCCUGAAAUAGGCUUGAAAAGGAGGUCCUCCGUCUAUGUUUUCAAUUGCCUUUGCCCCACUAGAUGGUCAUGCUUAAUGCUACAAUUCUGUCAUUGGGUUUUUCUCUCCUGACACAAGUCCUGGGAUGCUACUUCUUUUCUUCAAACCAUCAUCAGCAGCAGGUGCACGUCACGGUCGUUGUUCUGUUAUUAAAGUUGUACUGUUUUGAAGGAGCUAAAUUUUGAAUGAUCAUUUAGAUCUUUGUGGCUAUAAUUUUAGCAGCAUAUAUAUACGAGUUAAGGAUUGUUUUCUGAAA